AUGUCAGAGGGUUCCAGGAAUGGCAAACCUGCUGAAGAUGUUCCACACUACUUCUCUAACCUGGGCUCUGGAAGCCCCAAACCCAGGCAGAAAUAUGGAGGGAUGUUCUGUAACGUGGAAGGGGCAUUUGAAAAUAAAACUCUUGAUUUUAGUUCAUUGAAUGGUGGAAAGAAAAGCAUCAACAAGAAACUGGAGCAGAGCAGUAUUCGUUCAGAACCUGAAGAUCAGAGUGAGUUUGGGAGUGAGGACAGCAGCCAAAGUAGCAUGGAUGGAGCAGGAGCUGAGGCAAAGGAGCUUCAGAGGACCUCACCAGGCAAAGGUGAUGUGACCCCUGGGCAGACAGAGAGUGACAGACUGUUGAUAAAAGGUGGCAAAAUAGUGAAUGAUGACCAGUCAUUUCAUGCGGACAUAUACAUCGAAGAUGGAUUAAUAAAACAAAUUGGAGAGAACCUGAUUGUCCCUGGCGGGGUUAAAACAAUCGAUGCCCAUGGGUUGCUUGUUAUACCUGGAGGAAUUGAUGUUCACACAAGGCUGCAGAUGCCUGUAAUGGGAAUGACCAGUGCAGACGACUUCUUUCAAGGGACCAAAGCUGCCCUUGCAGGUGGCACCACAAUGAUAAUUGACCAUGUCUUCCCAGAUGCUGGAAUGAGCCUGGUUGCAGCGUAUGACCAGUGGAGAGAAUGGGCUGAUGGGAAGGUGUGCUGUGAUUACUCCCUGCAUGUUGAUAUCACUCAUUGGCAUGAAAGCCUUAAAGAAGAACUAGAGGCAUUAGUGAAGGAUAAAGGUGUGAAUUCCUUCCUUGUGUUCAUGGCAUACAAAGAUAAAUACCAGUGCAGCGAUGCCGAGAUGUAUGAAAUAUUCAGCAUUAUCCGUGAACUUGGUGCGGUCAUGCAAGUCCAUGCUGAAAAUGGAGACAUCAUUCAAGAGGAACAAAGGCGUCUGCUGGAACUUGGUAUUACAGGACCUGAAGGUCAUGUCCUCAGUCACCCAGAGGAGGUAGAAGCAGAGGCAGCAUACCGUGCAAUAACAAUCGCGAAGCAAGCCAACUGCCCCUUAUACAUCACCAAAGUCAUGAGCAAAGGAGCAGCAGACGUGAUUGCCCAAGCGAAGAGAAAAGGCGCUGUUGUGUAUGGAGAGGCGAUUACAGCCGGUCUUGGUACUGAUGGUACUCACUACUGGAGCAAGAACUGGGCAAAGGCUGCAGCUUUUGUCACCUCCCCACCUAUUAGCUCUGACCCAGCAACUACGGACUACCUCAACUCAUUGCUAUCCUGUGGUGAUCUCCAGGUAACAGGUAGCGCUCACUGCACCUUCACCACAGCACAGAAGGCUGUUGGAAAGGACAACUUCACCUUAAUACCAGAAGGAACAAACGGAGUGGAAGAAAGAAUGGCAAUUAUUUGGGAAAAGUGUGUGACUUCUGGCCGAAUGGAUGAAAAUGAAUUUGUGGCUGUGACAAGUACAAACACAGCAAAGAUUUUUAAUUUGUAUCCCAGAAAAGGAAGAAUUGCAACAGGUUCAGAUGCUGAUCUGGUUAUCUGGAAUCCGAAAACUGUAAAAAUCAUUUCUGCAAAGACUCAUAAUCUGAGUGUGGAGUUUAACAUCUUUGAAGGCAUGGAAUGUCACGGAGCACCUGAGGUUGUUAUUAGCCAGGGGAGAAUAGUGCUGGAAGGUGGGAACCUCCAUGUCACUCAAGGAUUCGGCCGCUUCAUUCCUAGGAAACCGUUCCCGGACUUCGUAUACAAAAGGAUCAAAGCCAGAAAUAGGCUGGCGGAGAUACGGGGGGUUCCGAGGGGGCUGUAUGACGGACCUGUCCAUGACAUCACGGUGACUGCCAAGUCUUCAGCACCCACACCUACCUCUAGGACAGCUCCUGGAAAAGUACUGGCGCCAGUUCGGAACCUGCAUCAGUCUGGAUUUAGUUUGUCUGGAAAGGGAAGAAUGCAUUGUAUCUAGUGUCUCAAAGGAUCCCAAAAGGAUGACCAUAUUCCAAGACGCACUACUCAAAAAAUAGUAGCACCCCCUGGUGGCCGUUCUAAUAUUACUUCCCUGUCAUAAUAACACCAGAGGAACAUAUGGAUUCAAAAAAAGCUACUAAUGCAGAGGAUUUUACAGGAGCUGGCAUGAUGAUUAUGGAAAAUAAUUAUUGAAGCAAUGUUCCCAGUUUUUCCUAAACCAGUCUUGCUUGUGUACUAAGGCUAGAAGGGGUUGAUUUAGCCACAAGGAAUUGAAUACAUAUAACAGAUGCACAAUUAUUUUGUCUGAAGUAUAACAUAAAUGACUGAUGAAGCCUUGAAUUAUAUUGUUUUGCAAACCUGUUGCCAACCUGGAUGUGUCAUACCGUCGUUUUUAUUCCUGAUAGUUUCCUUGCUUUAAUGCAUUGGUGUUAUAGAUUAUAUGUUAAAAUAAAGAUGGUGAUUUGGGCCAAAGUUAUGCUAAAGGAAAAAUGGUAAAACGUGAUAGCAUGAAGAUAUCUAUAUCAUUCUCUACCUAGCCUCACACAAAGUUUAAUCAUCAAGCAUGCUUAUAACCCGGACAAGUAAAAAACAAAUAAAUACAAAAAAAGAAA